CCCAACAUCAAAACUAUGACCCUCCCACAAGCUCCACUAGCCCGGACUCGUGGCACUUGUGGAGUAGAAAGAACCAUUUUAUCUUGUGGUUCUCGAAUGGGGAAAUCGUCCGCUUUGCGCAAGAGGAAACGUUCAAAGAAAUCCUCGAAGGUUCGGGCAAGCAGAAAAAGUAAGAGCAGGAGACGUGCAUCCAAGAAACUUCAGCGGCGUGAGGCAUCUCUUUCCAUCUCUGACUAUAGUGAUUCAGUGAGUUCAGACUCGUCAUUGUCUUCUAGUUCUGAGGAUAGCUAUAAAAGCAGAAGGGCUUGGUCUUCCAAAAGGAAAGAUGAGAAAGGUCGAAGGAAGAUGGCCAAGAGACGAUCAUAUAGACACGAAAGCAGUGAUGACUCUCGUCAUGAUAAGAAGAGAAAAAGGGAAAAGAGAAAGAAUGUGCAAGAGGCAAGAGAGAAACCGCAUAAGAAGAAAAAGCUUAGGAAAGAAGAAAGUGUUAGUUCUAUGAGCAAUGGGUCAUUGAGCUGCUCAACUUGUCAUGGUGAGAAUGCUAGCUGUGAUGAUAAUGAACCUGAAAGGCAUAGGGGAAGAGUAGAAAGAAAAGGAAGGGAAAAAAGACCGGAUAGAGGCAAAAGUGGAAGUGAAAGAAGUAAUAGGUAUAGAGCCAGAAGUUGCUCAUCCUGCAGUUUCUCUAGUGAAAGUAGUGAUAAAUGGACCGAGGAGAAAUGUGUGGACAAGAACAACUCGAGGCGGCUCAAAUCAGUUAUUACUGUUACAGAGGAGGCAAAAGAAGCGGGAGAAUUGUGUCACAAUGAGACUAAAGAGGAGAUUGUUGAUGAUCAUGAUUACCCUUGUAGAAGCAAUGACAGUAAUGAUGGGGGCAGUAAGAGAGAAACAGACCAUCAUUCACUUUCUGCUUCAAAAGAAAAACUGGGAAUUGAGGAUAAAGAAGUUGACAGGACUGCUGAUUCUAAUUUAACAGAACCCAGAAGAGAUCAGAGCUAUAACAACAGCAGCCAAUUUGACAGAAGUGAACUUGAUGUUAAUGGUGCUGGAGCCAGUGAUUCUGUGGAGAAGAAAACAAGUGAGACUUCUGGGGCAAGUCUGAAUGGUGAUAACUUGGAGGCAAUUCUAAGACAAAGGGCAUUGGAAAACUUGAGAAAGUUCCGAGGUGAGAUCCAGUCAAGUGCAAAAGCUUCCAGUCAGAAUAUUAGAACAGAUAACGAUGUGAUUCAACCUCCUUUUCAAAACCGUGAACAGGCUCAACUGGCUCAAGACAAGUCUAUUGUCAAUAAUGCAGGUAAGGGGGGAAAUUUUGACAUGAUAAACCAUGAAGAAGGUGUUGAUUUGGCUACAGGGAGUAGAAAGUCAGUUGCUUCUUCAAGCAAAAAUGAAAAGGAUCUAAACAGUGUGAAAGGUACAUCUGUAUCACUCGGACAUCAUUCUUCCUGUUCUUCAGUAAAGGUAAUUGAUGCAGAAAACCAUAGUGAAACAGUCACAGCUUCUGCUAGUUACAUGUCUAACAAUUCAGAACAUAAAAAGUUGGUGGUCACACAGAAUACUAUAGAUAGGUGUACUUCUGAUCUAGUUCACUGUAGCAAAGAUGAUGUCAAUAACAUGAGGGUGUUGUGUUCUGCAACGUCGAAACCUUUGAAAGAGCAGGAUGAAGUUAAGGAUCACUUUCAAUUUGAAUUGAAGCAGACAUCAGCCUUGGACAAACUUCAUACUAAUUGCCCAUUGACUGGGGUUAAUGUAGACGAGAAUGCAGCUAAGACUCAUGAUGCGAUUCAGAGAGUUACUAGUAGUGGAAGAGACGUUGAUAAGCCGUGUGUUUCUGCUAUUGUUAAACCUUCCCCUGAAAGUUCACCUGUCGAAAAUAGCUCAAACAAUUUGCAAGGUGAAGCCAGUCAGGGAUCCCAAUUUGAACAGAAAACAAUGAAUGUGAUGCGGGGUGGUGAAAUGGUACAGGUAAGCUACAAGGUCUAUAUACCAAGGAAAACUCCAGCUUUGGCUAGAAGGCAACUGAAGCGAUGAUCUUUAUCUUUGCUUCUGGUGAGAAAAGAUUAUGCGGAGUCAUUAUCUCCCGCAUGGAAAGAGUAAAUGAAUAACCAGGAAAGUAAAAUAUUUAUGGUAAAAUGUCACUUCGGCUAUAGGUAGUCCUUGAAACUGUAAUACUUUAUACAGGAAAUUUUAUUUUAGAUGACAGACUAGGUGAAGUAGAAUAAGUUAACUAUAUAACAUGUAAGCAUGUAGAAGAUGGAUUUUGUCGGGCAUGUUUAUAUGUCUAUUUAUGAUUAGUUUUAUUUAUUUAUCACGGUUAAAAUGAUGCAGAGGAAAACUCUUGGUCUUUGGGUUACUUGCAAGUGACUCCUGAAUUUAUAAAAUUGAUGGAUUGUUGAGCUUUUACACGCCAAGAA